AUGGCAAACGUCAAAAUAGAUCUCUACGUUCCUUUCAUGACCAUACUUCAGUUCAUUUUUCUUGUAGGAUGGAUGAAGGUUGCCGAGACGCUCCUGAAUCCUCUUGGUGAAGACGAUGAUGACUUCGAAUGCAAUUUCCUAAUCGACAAGAACAUUGCUACGGGGCUUGCAAUCGUCGACGAGACGUACGACAAGUGUCCAGAGCUCAUGCCCGAUCGAUUCAUGGACCCCAAUUAUGCUCCAGUCUAUUCAGAAGAAAGUAAGAAAUAUGGUCACGAUGGAGUUUUGAUUGGAUCGGCUGAAGCUAUCAAGCUUGCAGACUCGGAGGAGGACGUAAAAAUGGUGUCGCUCGGAACAACAACAGAGAAACCCACCGAACUACGGUCUCGAACUACGGGUGCUUACGAAGACAAGUCGCAAAGCACUCAGCCUUUCUCGUGUGUUUUAUACCCACGGGCUGCACGAUCAGUACAACCAGUACAUUUGGCAUGUGCCAGCCCGGAGUUCAGUCAGAAGCCAGAACGGCCGUAUACGGCAUUCGACUUGUCUAAUGGGUUCACUUCAUCACCUCAUCUCUACAGCGGUCCACGUCUAGGAAAAGUGGAAGAGGAAACGGAUAAAUCGCGAUCAAAUACCAUAAGAAGUACGGUGGAAAGUGUCGAUGAGAAUGAGCUUCCGGAGCUGUUCAAAAAGGAGCUGAACGGUAGUCAAAAGUCGGGGCAAAACGGCGAGAAGAAGUGA